AUGAGCCACUGUAACAUGAGCCACUGUAACAUGAGCCACUGUAACAUGAGCCACUGUAACAUGAGCCACUGUAGCAUGAGCCACUGUAACAUGAGCCACUGUAACAUGAGCCCUUGUAACAUGAGCCACUGUAACAUGAGCCACUGUAACAUGAGCCACUGUAACGUGAGCCACUGUAACAUGAGCCACUGUAACGUGAGCCACUGUAACAUGAGCCUUUGUAACAUAAGCCACUGUAACAUGAGCCACUGUAACAUGAGCCACUGUAACAUGAGCCACUGUAACAUGAGCCCUUGUAACAUGAGCCACUGUAACAUGAGCCACUGUAACAUGAGCCACUGUAACGUGAGCCACUGUAACAUGAGCCACUGUAACGUGAGCCACUGUAACAUGAGCCUUUGUAACAUAAGCCACUGUAACAUGAGCCACUGUAACAUGAGCCACUGA